CAAUUUAGCGUGCUUCGGCAUUACCAUUUUAAGAGCUAAGAAAUCUACAUUUGGGCAGUGGAUAUUCCCGGGAAUUCUCAAAACAAUUUUGAGCAUGAAAAGGGGGAUACCGACUUCCACAGAAGGAGCAAUGAAUACCGUCAGCUUCCUAGCCCAACAAACCGGGCUGCCGAACAACGGAUCAAAUGUGCCAGGCUUCGUCAACGGUGACAAGCGGCCACGGGCCGAAAUGGAAGGGGUACCGGGUGGAUUCACGCAGUUUAACCCCCAACUGGAGAUUGACGAAGCCGACCACGAAGAUUUGUCGGACGAUGACAGUUCCGUCGGAAGUCCCAACGCCAAGAAGUCGAAAAAGACCAAAGGAAGGGUCAAGAUCAAGAUGGAAUUUAUUGAAAACAAGCUCCGCAGAUACACCACAUUCAGCAAGAGAAAGACGGGCAUCAUGAAAAAGGCUUACGAGCUGUCGACGCUGACCGGUACCCAAGUCAUGCUGCUGGUCGCCAGCGAGACGGGCCACGUCUACACGUUUGCCACCCGCAAGCUGCAGCCCAUGAUCACCAGCGAGAGCGGCAAGGCACUGAUUCAGACUUGCCUGAAUUCCCCUGAUCCGGCCACCGCGGCUCAUCACAACCACAACCCCGACCAGCGGAUGAGCGCUACGGGAUUCGAGGAAACCGAGUUGACGUACCAGGUCACCGAGGAAGAACUAGCAAAGCAAGAGGGCAAGACGCCGAUGUUCACAGUCACCAAUGUGCCGGGCGCCGGGGUGGAUGUAUCGUCAACGGGUGUUGCAUCCACACAGUCAGGGUUGUCCAUCUCCGGAGCGGGCCACACCUAUCCCAUGACCACCUACCUGCCAACAGGCUCCAGCACUGCGUCCGCCGCAGGCCCUAGCAAGCCCCUCGGUAUGUCAGCCAGUGAAAUGCUAGCACAGGGCUUCACAACCAUACUACCACAAGGCACCAGCCUACCUGCUGGGACCUCCAUACCAGCCGGAGUACUGCAGUUACAUCAGGGCCAAGGUCAAGGGUCACCAUCACCCAACCAGCCAAUCCACCCACCGCAUUUCUUGUACAGGUUGCAGCAGUCAGGUGGGCCCACGAGUCCCUUGGUCCUCUCCCCUACUGUGACGUCAGCAGCUGCCUCCUCUGCAACCUCCACCGCCAGCCAGACCAUCACAUCGUCAUCGUCGACUCAUGAGGCAUCCAUAGCAUCUUCGAGCGCUUCCUCGCCCCUGAUGUACCACACUGCCCAAGGUAUCGUCUACGCCACCUCCCCUGGUACCAUCCCAGAGAGCCUCCUACUACCCACCUAUCAAGCAACAACCUCCGGCAGUCAAGCUCAAGAUAGAAGUAAUUUGAAUGUUGGACUGCUGCCAGUAUCGACCGGUCAAGCCACCACGAAUGCCUCUGUACCUAUAUCCAUCUCGAAAACCACCCUGGAAAGCUUACAGACCGUGAGUCCAGCAGGGGAUAGAAAGCAGAGCUCAUCAAGCGAAGGGAAAGGCCAUCACAGCAGGUCCUACCUGCUGCCGCCACUGACUAAACACCGAUAACAAACAUGUAACCCAACGUAUGAAAGUCUCCCAUGUUUGCUCUCGUGGGACAGCAGCCCAUCACAGAAGGCCCUAUCUAUUCAUUUAUGAAUGGAUCCUCUCUUAAUAGUGGAUGACUUGCCUUACAAUUGUAACAAUAUGUUUCGUUGGUACUUAGAAUUAUCAGCUUCAUUCGUACAUAGAUGAAUCCAGGCAACGUGAUCACUGUACAGACAGGAGUCCCCCUCCAAUGGAGAAACCAUUGUGCACGCUAUGGUACAAAGCAGCUGUGGCCCAGGACAGAUUAUCUGAACAAUAGCUAGCACAAUGCUUUGGCCAUUGAAGGGGGCCUUCGUGAUAGAAUUGUUAGCGUGCCUGGAUUGGUCCUUGAGUGUACUUGUGUGUAUACUUUAAUAGCAUUUAUAUUGCAUUGUUCCGGUUUUGCCAAAAAUAUUUCCUUUUUUUAGCAAUAAUUCAAAGUUAAGCUGUUUACAUGUAUAUCAUACAGAACAACAAAUAAAGUGCUUCCAAUCGCUAUAACUUAAAAAAAAAAAAAA